GGAAUAUCUAAGAGAGACGGACACACAGUGAUGUCCAGAGACACCCUGUUUGGGAUCCUCCUCGGCAUUCAGACUGGUACUGGUUUCCUGGGGAACUCCUUGCUGUUUGCUUUAUACAUGCACACCUUCUUCGCUCUGCCCCGCAAGAAGAAGCCUGCUGAUGGGAUCCUUGCCCACUUAACUUUGGCUAACGCCCUGACCCUCCUAUUCAGAGGGAUUCCAAGUAUAAUUAGUUCCUUUGGAAUGAGGCCUGAGCUAGGUGACACUGGGUGUAAACUAGUUCUCUACACUCACAGAGUUACCAGGAGUAUUUCUCUGUACACAACAUCCCUCCAGAGCACAUUCCAGGUGGUGACCAUUGCCAUAAGCGGUCGUAAAUGGGCCUGGCUCAAGAACAACAUCUCUACACUCAUUCAACCCUCCAUAUUUUCCUGUUGGGUCAUCAGUAUGGUCAUCUAUUCUGAGAUUAUCUUAAGAGUUGUGGCCAACAGGAAUACCACUGAUGUUACAUCUGGGUAUUAUGGUCCUGUUUGCAAGCUCCAUACGUAUGAUCACCAGGUGGCCAUGAUAUUUCUCAGUACAGUGCUCAUUCAGGAUGUGUUCUUUCUCUCCCUAAUGGCGUGCAGUAGUGUCUACAUGGUGACCGUCCUUUCCAGACACCACAGAGUAGCUCGGCUCAUCCGCAGUAGCGUCCACUCCUCACGAAGCUCUCCUGAGCACAGAGCCACCCACGUCAUCCUCAUGCUGGUUUGCUGUUUCAUUUUCUUUUACUGGACCAACAGCUUUCUUACUGCUUAUUCACAAUUUGGAAAUAAGAGGAAUUGGCAACUAGAGAACAUUAAUAACUUUAUUUCUUCAUGUUACCCGACCAUCUGUCCUUUUGUACUGAUGAAAAAUGAGAACAGGAUUUCCAGAGUGAAUUUCAUCAAUAGUAGGAGCAGAAUUUUCUUUCAUCAAAUGGUGCCUGUGCCCAUGACCCCUGUGCCGGUGGCCCCGGCGGACAUGGUGGCAGUGGCGGAGGCGGGGCCCACAGCCUCGCCCCCCACAAUGACCCCGCUGCGGUGGUGCCCGCACCGCCGGAGAGCCCGAGAACCUAUUAGCCGCAGUGGAGGCUGCGGGUCUCCCAGCCACCGCAGCACCAGCAGCCAUGGGGAAGCAAACAGCAGCGACGGCAGGGCUCACAACCUCAGCGCCCCAAGUCACAGGCCUGAUAAGCCCCUGCCCGUGCGCUUGCCUUCGUGGAGCACGGUUGCAGCCAAGAAGUCCCGGCCCCUUCCUGCAGUGGCCGCAGAGAGAGCUGAGGAGCCCUGGCGGACACCCGGCGAACUGCCAGGCAUGGAGCGAGCCCGCGGCGGACGCUCAGGUGACCGCAGCCACUCGGUGACAGCGCCCCAGCAGUGCUCCGUCCGGGAGGUGCGCCGGGCUACCCGGCUCUGA